GUAGUCCAAAGUCCAAAUUUAUAUGUAAACCAAAUGAUUACGCAAAAUACACGUUAGCGAUGUACACCCAAUAUAAAUUACUUGCAAAAUUGUUCACUGUAAAUAAACGGCAAUUACUUUUUGCGCAGAAAAUAAAAAAAAUUAUACUAAAUGUUUGCGCCUAUCACUCAAAUGUCGAUAAUGUCAAAACUCUUCAAUUAUCUCCAAAUCCACUUGCCAUUUAUUAUGAGAAUUUACCCAAACUCUGCAUUGUCCUGCAUUCCAUCUUCUUUAUGACGUGUAUGUAAUCCGUUUAUUGCACUCAAUUGCGAAGAAGAUUAACUCUCCAUCAUGAGUCUUUUAAAGAUUGCUCUAAUUGCUGGAGGACAAGUGUGUCUCAGAAGAUCUUAUUCUACGGGUUUAAAGUUCAUAGAAAUUACUCGAGACAAUGAUACAGGAAUAGAGAUUAUAUCUAUGGCAAGAAAACCUGUCAACAGUUUAAAUACAGAGCUGUUAGGUGAACUAAAGACAUCUUUAUUGGAGGCUCAAAACAAUCGUAGUAAAGGGAUUGUAUUAACGUCGUCCUUGCCAACUAUAUUCUCAGCAGGUUUAGACAUCAUGGAAAUGUGUACAACGGAUAAACAGAAACUUACUAACUUCUGGCAAACAUUACAAGACACUUGGUUGACUAUUUACAGUCUAAACAUACCAAUUGCUACUGCUAUCAAUGGCUCCAGUCCUGCCGGAGGUUGUCUGAUGGCAAUAUCUUCAGAAUACAGAGUUAUGGUUGAAGGCAAGCAUACUAUAGGAUUAAACGAAACACAAUUAGGUAUUGUCGCGCCGAAAUGGUUCAAAGACGUAUAUAUUGAUGUGAUAGGCUAUCGACAAGCUGAGCUAGCACUUUUAAGGGGGUCUCUAUUUAAGUCUGAGAAAGCAUUGCAGCUUGGACUUGUAGACGAGCUUGCUAAAGAUAAAACGAAUGCAAUAGAAAAAUGCAAAAAUUACAUACUAUCUUAUAAAAAUAUACCAGGUUUGGGAAGGUCCGUCACCAAGUUAGAUUUGCGAAACGACUUGAUAGAAUGGUUGAAAAAAAAUAAGGAAGCUGAUAUCGACAAAUUCGUAUCCUAUGUACAAUUACCAAAAGUACAAGCUGGCCUUAAACUUUAUAUAGAAUCUUUGAAACAAAAGCAAUAGAUAACCUUGGUAAGGUAUUCAAUAGGUAUUUUGGUAAGAAACAUUUCUAUUUUAUACUCUUAUAAAUCAAAGUUUUAUCAACUUUUAUAUAUACAUAUUUUAUAUUGAAAUAUAUAUUUGUAUGCUAUGUAUUAACAAGUAUGUCACUUACAUUUAUUUCCUGAAUUUUAUUCCAAAAAAAGACAAAACAUAUUAAUUGUUAAUUUUCCAAUAUGCCGUCGUCAUGUAGAUCAAUAUCUGCCAAAUCUAAGUGUUGUGGUAAACUUAACAAAUUAAGUUGUUGCUGUUGAAAUUCAAUAAAAUUCGACAUUUCCAA